GCGAAAGCGCGCCUUUCUUCUCCUCUUUGGGCGAACUUGCUCGGAGCGUUUAAAACUAGCUUGGGCCAUUCCACCGCUGCUCGGGAUCUGGCCAGGGUCUAAAUCGAAAGAUGGUUGGCUUGAACGUGUGAAUCCAGCCAGCGUAGUUGUCCACCGUGGUGGCCGGCCUAGCCCAGCCUGCUGUGAUUGAGUCAACAAACCAUGAUUUAGUGCAGCUGCGUGGGAACCAGAUCCCAGGGCUUUCCUCUUUGGCUCUUUGAAAGCUUGCCCUUAGGAGCCUUGUGUUAGAAAUGAAUGUGGGCUGCGGCGGUUUCCCCAAAGAUCCCUCGGGCUCUUUAGCCAAGGGUUGGUGGCAGUCUGAGUUAGAAGAAGGCGGGCAUGGUCCAGGAUGCCCAAGGUGGCCAGCUGUCUUGAGAGCAUCCAUCCUGAAACAGGCCCAAGGCCGUUCGGUGUGCAGAGUGGGCUUCUAGGAUGGGGUCCUUCCUCAUGCCCAUUCAGAGUUAACCUGUUCCAUUUCACUUGGGAAUUUUGCUUCAGUUGAGCGAGUGCACUAACCCGUAACAUAGUUGGUUUAGCCUCCAGUUGAGUUCACGCACUGCACUAACCCAUAAUGUAGUUUGUUUGGUUCAAAACCACAAAGACUAAACCAAUCUAGCCAGCCGGGCUUUAUUCAAGGAAUUACGGGUGAAGUCUGCUGAUUUGACCUGGUCCUCAAGAUGGGCUUGAGCUCUCUCAAGGGGCUCCAGGUCAGGGGAGGCUGGGAUGGCAGGGGAACAUCUGGGGGUGACGGGAUUUUGUGUGCUUUAAAUUUAAUGCUGCUGGAUGAUUGUACCACGGUAGGAAGAGAUUUGCACUCUGGAGAAAGAAAUCAGAGCAGAGUCAAAGGAAAAAAGUUUAUGCUGGUACUGCUUCAUGUGGCUUGGCUUAUUAAUACUCAGUGGAAUAUUGGGAUUCGGGGUUGUUCAAGUCCAGCUUUCUGGUUUGGGAGUCAUGGUUUAUGACAGCAUGUUGUGUUAUUCCAGCAAGUUAUGGCUUAUUCAAUAAUAACAUCUUGCACCAGUUUCAUACAAGCCUCGCAGUAAUAAACCUGGUUUAAUAACGAUGGAUUUGGCUAAUCCCAAACCAAACAGACUCCAUGAAUGCUUCUAGCAACGUGUGUGCCCAGGGUUACUCAGGACAUGUUACUGACACAAUUGUGCUCAAGCCAUAUAAGUGCAGUGGCUAAGCAGUGUAAAAUGAAACACCUUAAGCACUUGUUUCUCAAAUUAUAGAAAGAGGAACUUCUUUUUUCAAUAUUAAUAAAUAAGAAAAUGGUUGAGCUUUUAACGGUAGAAGGAAGGGCUUUUCGCUAGAAAAAGGAAAAGGAAGUUGAAGGCCAGAGAAUUUAGAAGCUGGGUGAUUAUUUAAAGAUGUUAAUAUAAUGAAGUCCAACAGGAUGUUAGCAGAACUACCAAACAGUAUUGCCCAAAACUGGAAUGUUUGGCAAUGCACACCGUUUGAUAAAAUCAAGCGAGCUGAUCAUAUGUUGAGCCAAAAAAAAGGGGGGGGUGGAUCUGGGCAGCAGGAAAUGGCUGAAAGUAUAAAGGAAGCCAGAGACAUUUCAGUUGAGGAUGGGGGCAGUUUUGAGGGCAAGCAACACUGUAGGGCAGAAAGGUUGGGAAGGUUGUUGGGGGGGGGGUCUUUUAGAUCCUAAAGUUGUGAAAGGUCUUCUUGAAGGAGGACCGGACUGACUGCAAGAAAGGUAAAUAAAUCCCUUGUGUCAGUUUCAGUGGAAGACGGAGAAUAUUUAACUAGGCAGACUUUUCUACAAGCUUCACUGAGUUUCCUAGGUGUUUUGAACAGGGUGGGGAGAGUUGACUUACAAGAAACGGAAGAUGCCUCUUGGCAUUUGGCUCAAAGUCCAAAAUCGGGGAAUUCUGGAAGCCUUAAAUAACUCAGUUGUUUGAUCUGACCACAGUUUGCUUGGAUUUGACAGCCAAUUGUGGCUUAUUCAGCAAAUCAUGGUUAAAGAAACUAUGGGGCGGCAUGGAAUAUAAACCAGAUCACUCUCUUUCUUGGGCUCUCCCCUCAGUGCUGUGGGAGUAGAGCAGUUCUGCCCCUCUUCCCAGAUGACUAGGAAGAUGGCUGAGAAAUGGUUUGUGGGAUGCUAUGAUUUCUGCGUCAGUCCAGACCUGACAGUUUGCCAGGUGGCAUUGAAGUCCAGGUUUUCAAGACAUGUGACAGAUGAAACGGUCAGCACUUUAGGCCUAGAAAGUUUCCUUCUUUCGAGUUUGGGUGGUGUAAAUGCUACAGCUUUCCAAAAACAAGUGAACCAAACAGGGGCUUUUUAAAGCUCGGGAGGACUGGGUCUGUUCUCCUGCCUCAACUAUUCCCCAACCCCAAAUGCCUCUUCUUCUGCGGGGCUUAGAGUACUAAUGGGAGAUUCCUAUUCCUGGAAUAGACACUUUAUUCUGAGUUUAGCACAAGCUGUCAAUGGAGCCACUGACAUUUGUAAUUCAUGGUUAGUGGCUUAGUGUGGUGCUUGAACCCAACCACUUUGGGGUUAGUCAAGUAACCUACUUUCCUUAUUGGGACUGUCUGUUUUAAAUGCUGGCUUCUAUAAAUAGGCAAAUUUCUGAUUUUCGUGGCUGAGCUCUGAACGGCUUUCUCUUUCACACAACUGUUACUAUAAAUUGUUCAACAGGAUUGCAGAUUGUGUAAGCUUGCCCCAACCUGGUGUCCGCCCAUCGGUUUAGCCAGUGCAUUCAAGUUCAGGACGAUGGAAGAGGGAGGAGCGGGGGCACUAUAUUAAGAAAUAAUGAAGAAUUUGCAGUUGUGGACCUGAUUUGUUAUGGGAGAAACAUUGACACAUUUCUUAAUGCUUAAAAAUAGAAGGCUAGCAAUAACGACAAAUGCUCUGAAGGCAUGCUACGGUUUUGCAAUAACCUUGAGCAUUUCAAGAGCAUUCCUUGCUCCUUUUGUAAAGCUUAUACUCUUCCCCCACCCCUAAAGGGAAGUGAGGAUGUUUGUUGCUAGACAAUAUUCACUGUAAUCCCUUCUAGGCAGUGAAGGGAAUAGAUAAGAAAGUUGUAAUUCCUGAUCUCGAUUAGAGAUCUUGCAUAGCAAUGUAAACCUGUUCUUGAAAUAACCUGGAAGUUAUUUUAAGCAGUACCAUAAACCAGUAUUUACUGGUAUUGAUCAGUAAGGUACCAUAAACAGAACAAACAUCUGGGCCGACUAGUCCUCUCACCCAGCGUCCACUUUGGUUGCACUACAACUGAUCGGUUGCACUUUUGGCUAGAUUGAGCAAGUCCUUGCCCCUCCCAUGUGGGUCUUCCUUUUGAAAAAGCUUUCCAUAAGGUUUCUUCACCCACCACCUAGAUUCCAUCAUAGCCAAGGACAAGGAGAAAUUGUUCUAGCGACGGCUUGUACCCACAACAAACACGCGGAGAGAUUGCUGUUCUAAUCGCAGCUGUUGACUAAUCAGGGUGGGCUUUCCCCGAUGAAGGGCUUGCUCACCCUCAUCAGCAGAAAGGAUUGCAACAGAAAUGUCUUAUGCAAAAUAAACCAGACAGGAAACACGGGCUUAUUUUGUUCUCCCUUUUGCCCUUCCUACAAGCGGGCAAAUGUUUCUCUAGCACGGCAGACCUCCCUGUGGCGGCCUUUUGGGUCCACCGUUUUGGUCGAGAUCCUUUUGUAGAAGGCAGACAGACUUUGCACACGGAGAAGGGGAGCUUAGAAACGCUGUUCUCAAGGGGGUGAUGCACUUUUGAGGAGCCACCAUGUCGAUGUAUCUGAAACAUUUCACAGUGGUGGGAGACGAUCCUGCACAGUGGAACAACGACUACAAGAAAUGGGAGGAAGAAGAGACGGAAGAGGAAGGAGAAGGGAAGACACCAGAGGCUGUCGUUAAAGUCGAGUCAGCACCCAGGGCUCCAACCUUCAGAGAUGUUAUGAAAAAGCUAUUCCAAUCCCACAGGUUUCAGAUCUUGGUGGUCUGCCUGGUUAUCUUGGAUGCUGUGCUGGUCCUUGGGGAACUGCUUUUGGAUCUGAAAAUCAUCCAUCCUGACAAAGAUGAGAUUGCACCAAAGGUCUUUCACUACCUGAGCCUUUCCAUUCUAACCCUCUUUCUGGUGGAAGUCAGCUUCAAGCUCUUUGCCUACCGCCUGGAGUUCUUCCACCACAAGUUUGAAGUCUUGGACGCCAUCGUGGUGGUUGUCUCCUUCAUCCUCGACAUUGUUGUUCUCUUCCGGGAGCAUGAGUUUGAAGCUCUCGGACUGCUGAUUCUGCUCAGGCUGUGGCGAGUGGCCAGGAUUAUCAAUGGAAUCAUCUUGUCAGUGAAGACCCGCUCAGAGCAGCAGAUCUCCAAACUGAAGCAAGCCAAUUUGCAGCUUAGUGUCAAAGUCCAGCACCUGGAAAGCAGCUGUGCAGAGAAGGAAAUAGAAAUUGAAAGGCUGAAUGGUCUUUUGAAGCAACAUGGACUACUCAGCCAGUCCAAAUAAGAUGCCUGGCUUGGACCUACGGUGGACAAUCUCUUCCCUGGAUUCAGUUCUGGCCCUGAGAAGCUACUUUAUGUUUACAGGGUGACAUUGUGAAAAUAUCCUUUGGCGCAUUUAUCAGCACGGGCUGCUCUCCUCUGAAGCUGAUGCCCUUCAGAUAUAGUGGACUUUGCCUCCCCCUAUCCUCCUAGUCAUGCUUGGAGGGGGGUUGGAGGACACCCAGCUGGGACUAGGCUGCCCUAGAUCUCUUUUGGAGACCCAGAGUUGUAGAACAGCUCCAACAUUAUAAAAUGAAUUGCUCCACGCUUUCUUGUACAGCUGUACAGUUUCAAAAGACUAGCAGAAAUAAUUUAAUAAAUCCAAAUCCAUAUUCA